AGAUUGUCCGCCAUUUAUGAAAAUCUCUGAAAUCUUGAGAUUCUAUAUAGUCCAUAGAUCUAUAGGUCCGUGUUUUCUGUCGAUAAGAUUCUCAUCUCGAGACAUGAUUCUUUCUUUUCUAUCACGUGGUACGCUCAGGAGAUCUAGACUAGAUCUAUAAUGUCUAGAGUCUAGAUCUAUAUAGAUAAUCCGACAGUCACAGUGUGACAUUCACGUACAGUUCUGAGAGGCCUAGAUCUAUCUAGACCUAGAUCUAGACUUCAGCAGACUUGAUGUUUUAGAUAUGGAGCAACAUAUAGAAAAUAUGAAAAAGAAAAAUGUAAUUAGUGAAAAAGAGUUUUAUUUCAAAUCUACGGAUUGGAUGAUGAUGGGAACAUUCAGCCAACAGCCUUUACCAUCAGUUCAAACAUCAUAUCUGCAUGCCUUCAUUGAUAUGUUCAGUGCUCUUGUGGUGCAACUUCAAUCAAAUGAGCCAAAAGAAGAUGGUGCUUUUAAUUUUGUUUCUGGCAAAGUUAUAGCCACGAAGAGACAUAAGAAAGGAGAAAGAAAGAAGUGUUGUUGCAAACGAUGCUUGAGCUCUACAAAAGUAAGACGUGUGGAAGGACUUUUUUAUAUUCAAACUACCCAGAAUUUUGUGGCAAACAUUAAAGAUCCCAAAGAAAUAAGUUGCCAAAUACACUACUGCCAAGAGCCUAAUGAUAACUACCCUUUACUUGUGUACGGUUUGAGUCUAGAAACCUUUAAGGAUGCCUGUGUCUUAGUAUGUUCAGUUUGCGACAAAUACUUGAUGGAUUCGAUUGAAAUGACUGUGUUAAAUUUUCAGACAUCACAAAUGAUGUUGGAGAAUCUUGGACUGACACAUUUCUUAUGUGUGGUCUUACACCCUGAAAAUCAAUGUAAGCACAUAUUUUUUGACCAUUCGCACAUAAAUGGAGACCUGAAUCUUAAAUUUCACUGUGAUGGAUUCAGUUUAGCUGGAGGAUCGGUUUUCAUUUUAGGGAAAACCAAUAGAGGAUCGGGCAGAAUGGAUUCUGAGCUGAAGUUAGAUCAUUUUAUGAUAACUGACAGUGGUGAUUUAGUACCUAAUGGGUUUAUUACUCCUUCAGACAUUUUGAAAGAUCUUACCAUGCAGGAAACAUCUGGUGUGAACACAGCCUCACAGCGUACUGACAAUAAUGUGAACUCUCCAGCCAAGAAACCAAAAAGAGAAAACAACUCUGAAACUUCGACUUAUUUCUAUCAAAAGAUUUCAGUGCCAGAUCCUGAUUCACAUAAACUUUUCAGUUUUAGGAAACUUUGGGCAUUUACAGGUCCAGGCUUUCUUAUGAGCAUUGCGUAUCUAGAUCCUGGAAAUAUUGAAUCUGAUCUCAGAUCAGGAUCUAUUGCUAACUUCAAGCUUCUCUGGGUGCUUAUGACUUCCACUAUACUGGGCCUUCUCAUGCAGCGCUUGUCUGCCAGACUGGGUGUUGUCACAGGCCAGCAUCUUGCAGAAAUAUGCUACCAGCAGUACAAAACGGUCCCUAGAAUCAUUUUAUGGAUCAUGGUAGAAAUAGCUAUCAUAGGCUCUGAUAUGCAGGAAGUCAUUGGCACUGCUAUUGCAUUUUAUUUACUCUCUGAUGGAAAGAUCCCUCUAUAUGCUGGUGUCAUUAUAACUAUUGCUGAUACAUUGACCUUUUUACUGAUUGACCGUUAUGGCCUCAGGAAACUUGAGGGUUUCUUCUGUUUUCUUAUUACAGUAAUGGCCAUCAUGUUUGGUUAUGAGUACAUCAGAGUAAGUCCUGAUCAAACACAAGUUUUGAAGGGAUUAUUUGUUCCUUACUGUGAGGGCUGUGGAUCAGAACAGUUGUUGCAAGGUGUAGGAAUAGUAGGGGCCAUCAUCAUGCCUCACAACAUUUAUCUUCACUCAGCACUUGUCAAGUCCCGAGAUGUCAACAGAUCAAAGAGAGGUGAAAUAAAAGAGGCCAACAAAUAUUUCUUCAUUGAGGCAGCCAUCGCAUUAUUUGUUUCUUUUAUUAUCAACAUUUUUGUUGUGUCUGUUUUUGCUGAAGGUUUUUAUGGAAAAAAUGCUACAGAUGUGUACCAAAAUUGUUUGAAACAUAAUAAUCCACAUUCCAGUAUUUUUAAUACUUCAGAGCUUUCUGUUGAUAUAUAUAGAGGAGGUGUGUUUUUAGGAUGUGAGUUUGGUACUCCAGCCAUGUACAUCUGGGCAGUUGGCAUUCUUGCUGCUGGCCAGAGUUCCACAAUGACAGGCACCUACACUGGGCAGUUUGUGAUGGAGGGUUUCUUAAAUCUUUCUUGGAAAAGAUGGCAGCGAGUGUUGCUGACUAGAACCAUAGCUAUAUUACCCACAGUUUUGGUAGCCAUAUUUUCUGGGAUGGAUGACAUGACAACUAUGAAUGAUCUACUCAAUGUCCUCAUGAGCCUCCAGCUUCCUUUUGCAUUGUUACCAAUUAUUACUUUUACAUCUUCACCUGUUAUUAUGGCUGAAUUUCAGAAUGGAAGAAUAAUGAAGACUAUUGCUUGUCUACUGGCUGCUGUUGUGAUUGGGAUCAAUAUGUAUUUUGUCAUUGUCUAUAUACAACAACUACCAGAACACUGGGCCAUCUACUUAAGCAUUAGUAUAGCUGUGUUUCUUUAUCUCUUAUUCCUGUUUUACUUGACUUUGUUUUGUAUGUCAGUGAUGGGAUUUAAGUUCUUAACAAAAGUACCGGGCUUCCAGUACAUGGUUCUGGAAUCAAAAGAUUGUUUGACACCGUUAUUGAAAUAAAUUUAUUGCCAUUUGGUGAAGAGUAAAGAGACAUGGACAUUUCUAUAUUUCCUUGAAACAAGAUAAGAAGUUUCAUCCGUACAAUUCAGUGUUGGAAAGUAUUGGUUAGUUUUAUGAAUCAAUUGCUCUGAAGUAACUGCAAAUAUUUUUAUUAUACUGUUUUGCGGUGACUCCUAAUACAUUUCCUUACUCUAAUUGUUGGCAAUCCACAUCUGCCUUGCAUAAGGCCCCUUGAAUGAAUAUGUGAAAUAUUACUCCAGGUGUCAAAUGCAUAAUGCUCACCCUAUAUUCCUUUGCAUCAGACACAAUUAAUGUUUUCAUACUGGAAGUCGUUUCCAAAAUGACUUUUCAUUCUACAGAGGUCACAGUUACAUGUGUUGAUGAUCUUGCCAUUGAGGUUUCAAUUAAAGAAAACACAUUUUAUCCAAUUCUAUAUGGGUAUGUGUUUUUGGUCAAUCUAUGAGUGAUCAGUGGGUCCUAUAGUUUUACAUUCAGACUAAUGGCUCAGUGCUUUUAACACUGAUUGCUUAACAUUUGCAAAAACAAUCUUAUCUUUUUACAAAAAACAAAUAUCAAAAAACAUCUGUAAAAGGGUUGCAUUUAGAAAUUGUUUUGCCAAUAGUUUUAAAAUGGGACAACAAUGUAUGUCGUAAGGGUACCGUAAAAGGUUUGUAGUUUUAUAUGUGUUAUAAUUUUGAUUGAAAUUUUUGUUGCUGUUAUGUCUUAACCAAAGUAAUGUACGUUGUACUAGGUUUCUUAUUCUUGUUAGAAAUUAAAGUAUUUUUGUGUUUAGUUAUCAAAGUUCUCUGUGAGGAGAAAAAGGUUAUGGGAAAAAGGUCAUUAAUAGUUAUUAAAUAGAAUUUACUAUUUUUUUAAUACACUAUAAAGAACUUACAAAAAUCAUUGAAAUUACCCUUUUUUUUUUAUUAUGAAAGGAUUUUUUCUACAAAUAUUUUAGAAUUGAAUAUUAAUAUGGAGAAUAUAUAAGUAAUUACAAAUUAAGAUGUGAAUGAUUGUUGACUGGAAAAAACAAUAAUAAAAUUUAUAUAAUAACUUUGUCUUAACUUUCAAUUUUUUAUUGUUGUUGGUUGUUGUUUUUUUUGUUGCUUUUUAUGUAAAAUUAUUUAAACAUUUUUAUUGUAUGUAGAAAUAUUACAGCAUCAUGAUCAAAAUCAGUCACUAUUUUAUAAUUUCAUUUGAAAUUUAAGUAGCAUUAAGCUAUUUGAUAUUAUGCAAUUUUUUUUUUUAAAGCUCAUAUGACUUCAAAGUCAUAAUCCAAUUUAAGCAUACAAACUCACUAAACUAAUCAUUAAAAAGCAUAUUUAAAAGUUAAAUCUAAUAACAGAAUGUAAAAACAAAUUUAGUUACACUAUUGAAGCACAAGAUGAGUGUGCAAAGCAUUAAAGCUGAUUGCAGUGUAUUCUGUGUAACUUUCAAGGCAAAAUAGAUCUAAAUAGAUUGAGUGAACCAGCCCUUUAUGAAACUCAUAAUUUAGAUUAAUCGUGUUAUCUAUGGUAUUAAAUUGACAACUUCAUAAAUUGUCACUGCAGUAUUUCAGAGACAAAAUUGAGGCAGACAAAUUUACAUGCUGUUUAUUACAAUUAGUUUAAAUUUUCCUUAUUAAUGAUUUAAAUGUAUUAUUUUAGGCCUACAUGAAUUUGUAACAGAAAACUGAACUUGUUCAACUCUUAAAGACUAAUGUUGUUGUUUUUUACACUAAAUAAAUGACUUAAUCUUUAUUACUACUGAGUAGUUCAAUUACUCGUUUACAAUGUCUCCCUUUUUUAUGUAUUUUAUUUUACUGGUUUCAUUUUUUUUCCCGUUUCUUUUUCAUGCAGGGUUAUCUUUUAAAUAUAUUGUUUGUUUGUUUUUAUUUUGGCAUUGUGCAUACACAUUACAUUUGGAUUUUUACUUCUUAAAAAUCUCAUUAACUUACACAUUUAAUUUAGUGUUUUGUUUCAUAUCCCAUAUUUCUUUGUAUUUAUUUAAACCAUUUGUUUCAAUGUCAAAAAUAUCUAGAAAUAAUCAAUUGUAUUCAUCUUAUAAACAAUCAAUGUAUAAUUCACUAUAAAAAAAACUAAUGGACACUACAGAAACAUGACUACUGUAAUCAUGGGCGUAGCCAGGAUUUUUUUCGGGGGGUGGGGGAAUUUUUCUCCUCUCCCCCCCCCCCCCCCCCAACUGAAAAAAUAUAAAUAUUUACAUGUAAGUAUGUGUGUGAGUGUGAACAUAAUCUUUAUUACAUUCUGACCCUUCAUUCUUUCGGAAGACGUUUAUUGUGCCCUAGAAUUUCUUUCUGGAGUUAGUGGAAAAAUUGUAGACUCCCCGCCAUUGCCAGCAAGGGGGUCUGGGGGAGCGCUAGGAGCCAAGCACUAAUUCUGGUAUUGAAAGCCAACAAAAUGCAUAUUCUGAGGCAGCUACAGUGCAUUUUCCUGCUAUUAAAAAGUUUUAUUCAAAAACCUAAAUAUGUGCUUACUGAAUUAGGCCCUCUCGUGCCGUUCGGUGCAUUUGCCGUCAAGCUGUUUCCACAAAAAUCUGUCAUUGGUAAUGUCUGAAGCCUCUUCCCACCUGCUCUGAGGACCUCCAUGAAUGUGUGGCGCCAAGGAUUGUCAUCGCAACUCUUAUUAUGCGUAGUUCAUUUUGUCGGUGAACAUGUCCCGCAAACCUCAUGCAACACUCUGUCACAAUCUUACUAAGGGGUCAACUCCCAGUUCGGCAUAGGAUUUCCUUGAUUUAGACACAAUCUCUAUAACUGACUCCUAAAAUAUGUCUUAGCCAUAUCUGUUGAGCCACAUUUAGUGUUUUUCAAUUUCGCAGAUGACUAUUUACUGCUCUUUAUUAUUGGAGCCCUGCUGAAAGGGGGUUUAAACUCAAAACUGAUUCAAAACCCAUUUAGCUACGCUCAUAACAUUUUGAGUACGUAGUUUGCUUUUUAAAAAAUAUUUUAGAGGUAUUUUUUAGCUUCAAAUCCUACUGAAGAAGGGGGGGGGGUUAAACUCAAAACCCCUUUUGGCUACACUCAUAGAAUUUUGAGUGUGUAAUUUUCUUUUUUUAUAUGGAAGAGGGGGUUUAUCGUAAAUUUUGGAGGGGGUUUUUAAAUCAAAAUCUUCCUUAACUGCGCUCUUGGAAUUUGGAGAUUGUCG